AUGGCUAACCCCAGCGUCCGCUUCCUGUCAUUCUUGUUCAAGAGUAAUGAUUUGGUGAGCUUAAAUGGGCUAGUGGCCCUGGUAACUACAAGUGGCCAGGAGCUCUUCUCCUUGUUUGCCUUCCACUGUCCGUGCACACCAGGCUCGAACUACCAAUAUGGACGGAUAACCAUUGGGGGGCCCGCCUUGGUGUUCUUCUUCAUCAGCAUCUUCCUCAACAAACAAACUAGGAACCUGGUGGCCGAGUGGCGGUGCCACAAGACAAAGAAAUGCUCAAUCAUCACAACCUUCCUCCUCCUAAAGUCCAUCCUAGUCCGUGCUCUCGUGGCCCCAGUCACCUGGUUGGUCAUCUCCCUGAUGCGCGGGGAGGCCUAUGUCUGUGCAUUCAGCGAGUUCGUGGACCCGUCCUCGCUCACGGCCGGGGACGAGAGCUUUCCUCUCUCCGAUGCCACGUGGGUCCUGGCCAGUUUCCCUUGCAGGGAGGGCCCGGCCAACCUGUCUGACUUCCAGGAGGAGGUGAACCGCAGGCUCAAGUAUGAGUCUCAGCACUUAGGGUGGCUGCUCAUCUUCUCGAUGGCCAUCCUGCUGUUGGUCAUCAAGUUCUUCCAGUCCUGUGGCUCAAAAUUUGGCUACCGCCAGGAGGACUACUUGACAAGCUACCUCGCCAAUGAGGAGCGGCUCUUCCAGCGCACGGCUGAGGUGCACUCACUCGUGAUGGCAGCCAACAACGUGAAGCGCUUCUUCGGGUUCGUGGCGCUCAGCCAGAGGGACAAGGCACUGUUGGCCAAGUUCCCCGAAAAAGGCACCCACCUGAAGCUACAGUGGGACAACAUCACUGGCAGUUACCUGUUCCAGAAGAAGCUGGGUAUCCCCCUCUACAGCCGCCUGCAUGAGUGGGCCCAGAGUCCAAGUGGCAAGGCCAGGGUCAUCAACAUGGAGAUGGCGCCCCUGCUCCACCACCCAGAGCCCCAUCUUACUGCCAGCCAGACCCCCGACCCCAGCAGCCCAAUCCUUCCACCUGCACCGCUGGCUCUGGGGGAAGAAUGA